GAUUUGCAGAGAAGCUAAAAAAUUUUACCAACUUGAUUUAACCUUGAAUCGUGAUCGCUUCGACUCUUGGGCAGCCUAUGCUCUUCUCAUGGCAGAUUCAAUGAUUCCAUAUUUUUCCAAGGAUUGUCGAGUUUUCUACUCAUAUACUAAUGAGGUGCUGUUUUUAGGAGCAACUGCAUGUCGAUGUUUCAAUGAAGCAAUUCGAUUGAAAAUAACAAGUUCAAGGUAUGGGCCGAAUAUGGAAAGUGUGCUUAUGACAUUGCGAGUUAUAUUUCUCGAGUAAAGAGAUUUGGACCAGAGAACUUAAAUCGAGAAGAAAUGAAACAACAUCGUAAACGAUCUUACGAGCAGGCUCGAGUUUGCUUUGAAUCGGCAAACAAUAUUGUUGAUGCCGAUAAAAUUUGGCUUAACUAUUAUUACUUGGGAAAAAUCGCUGAAAGAAGCAACAUCUUACAAGCACUUCGAUAUUAUGAAUUAUCUGACCUGCAUUUGGCCUUAACUGGAGCAACUUAUCCUUGUAGACUCGGUUAUUAUAGUUCAUAUUAUACCCGCUAUGAAAUCGAAGCUCUAGAAGUCCAUUAUCGAAUUCAUUCCAGUGUUCUUAAAUACAUCCGACGCAAUAGCGAUAAAUUGUCACCGAAAACAUUAUCACAAAUUAUGGCGUUUUUAACUCGUGCUGAAAGGAGCUUUUUCGUUGAGCAAAUGGAACUGCCAAGUGAUGAAUUCACAGACGAAGAAAUCAUGGAAGAUGUCAAUGAAGUGGUGACUGAUUUGAUCGGUUUGGUCAGUGAUGGAAUUCUGGAGAGUGAUGGACCACGAUUAUGCCAAAGAAUAGUACAAAUGUGCCAAGAAGCAAUGAAUAGGUGCUUGAAACGUUUUCUUGAUCAUGAAAGAAGAGAGUACUACUUUUGA